AUGUUUCCUUUUUUUUUAGCUGUAAAGUCUUGCCAGGAGCUGUACGCUUUUGACCCUGAGAAGUAAGUCACAUCCUCAAAAUUUUUCCGUUUAAGUUGUGCCUGGAUAGCUAGAUUUUUGAAGGUCUGGAUCUGCCACUGUAGCUUUCUUCUGAUCUGAAGAAUUAAUCAUGCAGAUCUUCAGUGGAGGGUUUUUAAUCGGCUGAUUUUUAUAUGAUAACACCCUCCUCAGCGGCGGAUGGAGACCUUCAGAUAAGGGAAGGGGGGGGGGGGUCUAACAAUAAGGGGGAGGCCGGGCCCCACGGGCCCCUCCCCUAGAUCCGCCACUGCUCCUCGAUCUGCGUAUUUUAAUUCUUCAUAUCAUAUUCAGCCCCAUCUGAUAAUUUCUAAUUAUCCGGCUACCCUUUAGUGCAUAUGGGUGAUUCAGUGGCUUUCUCAGGCAUACAACUUAACUAAAAUCUACUUCUUUCGUGCAGGUUCAAAGUUAGUAAGGAGGUUACGGUCUUGCUUGACUCUAAACCAACUGCCGUGUUUUGUCACUUUGGAAAUUCUCGCUGUGGAAAUGGGGGAUGGACUCCGGUCAUAAACAUGGACGGCAAAGAGGUGGAACAUUACUUACUGAAUACUAUAAUUUCCGCAACUAAUGCUCUCUAGACUAGUAAGAGUGCGGCUUAAGAAUUUCAAGAAGUCUGUCGAAGUAAAAACACGACAAUGGCCCCCGUGAUGCACAGACUUGCCAGGUGCUUCAUGAGCCACACGGAACCGCACCAAACGAGAGGCUUUGUGUUAUGCUUAUUUAUAAUUGAGGGUGUCAAUGGCAAUGGGGUGGUGGCUUUCACGGUUAUCGGCUAAAGUUUUGGCUCUUUUACGGGGUAAGGUUUUUUUUUCGGUUACGGCUAACUUAAAAGUUAAAAUUAAUUAAUUUUAAUUUUUUUAAACAUGCAAUUAAAUAUUAAUAAACCUGUAUAUUCAGUUGCAUCUUUAGAGCCCCCCAAAAUGAAGGUCUUAUAGGAUCAUCUCGGGAUGAAAUAACCCAUUCUUUUGAAAAAUUUUAAUAUUUGAUAGAUCAUACUUUUAAAGUAUUCCACUUUUAAUAUUAUUUUACACAUAGAAAUGCUAACUACGAAAAAGAAGAUCAAGCUGUUUGUCUCCUUUUGUAUUUUGGCGUGAUUUCCGACAUUUUCUUGACAAUCUGUGUUACUAUUUCGUUCUUCGCGUUGCCUUUUUUGCUACCAUCUUCUCUCUCUCAUUUUUUCACUCACACGUUAAGGUAUUUACCCCACUGAAGAACAGAUUGUACAACAUGAACUGAAAAAGCUAGACGAGCAAAUAGAUUGAGAACUCGAACAUUUCUGUGACUCGCACAUUUACAAGUGUCGGAGACAGGCUGAGAAGUACGGCUUUGCGGAUGUUUUGAUUAUGAGAGUUUUCUCAUUCACUUAAAAUGACAAGCACUCUUUCUUUAAAACAUGCUAUUGCAAGAAUCUUCGCGAAAUACCAAACGCAGACACAUGAACGUACGGAGUCAAAGUAGCAACCGGUCAUAAGUGAGUUAUUUUUGCACGUUCCUUUUUAAAAAUUAACAAAUCUAGGGAACAAAUAUUCUUUUACGGUUAACUCUUCUUACCCUAUUUACAGCUGUUUAUUUUUUCAAUUUUUACGGCUAUCGACUAAAUUUUUAACCGUUUUACACCCAUCAGUAAACCCCACUGAGACCCUCAUUACUUUCGCAUAUCGUGUUCUGUCGUACUUUGUGAUCAUCGUCGCACUUUGUAAUACCUGUUGCACUUUGUAAUAACACUUGUCGCACUUCGCAAUAAAAAAGCUGUCGCACUUUGAUUAGUGUGACCUGACUGUAUCGCGGGCUCAAGGGUACAACUCAUUGAGGUGACUUUUUUAAAGUUGUCCGCUGAUCAGAUGUUGGUUUUAAUUGAUUGCAGGCUCAGGUCUAUAAUGAAAAGGCCAUAUAAUAAAUAACUUAAAGACCUCACUCUUGGUUAAUAAGUAGUAUUUAAACCGGACAUCAAGAACCCGUUCUUAAAAGCAACAGAGAAACUUUCUUCUCAACUUUCAUUCCUAUACUAUUGUCUCGUCAUUGUUCUCUAACAGCAAACUUUUCACUACGACUCCAGUCUCUGGAGAAACAAAAAUGCCUUUAAACUUGACGGAGGGAAGACUGGGUUUGACUCACAGGAGACCAAACUACCCUCCUACUGGAACACAUCCUUCACCAAGAUCUGCCUUGGUAUGAAGAUAGGCCAGCAGAUCGAGUUUAUUGUCAUCAACAUGACCGCCAGUUCCUUGUACUCUCUGAUCGCUGAUGGGAAAUACCGCAACACCUCACUGGGUCGUGACAAGUGGUUGUCGCUGAUUGGUUCAGAUGCCUCAUUGCAGCCGAACUGUAAAAAGGAAGGUUUCAACGCAAAGUGUACAUAUAGUGGCUUUUCCAAAGCAAGAAUCGGUAUUCUCGGCAACGAUCAAACGGAUUGCCAUACAUGUAAUUCCAGAUUGGGGUUUGGGAGCGGAAGGAACAUCUAUGAAAGGCGGACGACUACAUGUGGAAAUUUCGACCUAGAAAAAAGACUGACCAUCAAGACAAUGGGGUAUAUCCUGGUGCAGUGA